ACUAUACGAUAUAUAAGUAUAUAUAUAUAAGCAUAAGUAAUAAUAUAAUUAAUAAUAUACUUAUUAUAAUUAUAAUAAUAUAAUAAUAGAAGUAAUAAGUAAUAAUAAAUUAUAUAUAUAAGCUUUGCUGGCUGGGGAAUUCUGGGAGUUGCAGUCCUCCAGGCUUAAAGUUGUCAAGGUUGGAGACCCCUGGUUUAAGCAAGCUCUUUUUUCUGCUACUCUCGAGAAGUUCGACCGGGUCAGAAUUUUAUUUUAGGUUUUUUUCUAGGGAGCCUGGGAAAGAAAGCCCAGCUAGGAAGGCAGGGAGAAAAACAAGAGCCUCGGAAAAGGAUCGAUGCUGGUUCUCGCAACUCCGAAGCCCACCGCGCAUCUCCCAUCAAGGGCGCAAGCCACAACCACACAAACCCACACAAACCCACCAACCCACCACACUAGAUUCCCAGCCGCCCUCCAGGCCUCUCACGCCUCACCCCCGCUGGCUUGUUCCUUCCCUCCGCCUUCCUCCACCCCCGCCUCUCGCUUCUCAACCCUCCCAAUUUGCAAGGAGCAGCCGCCGCCGGUUGGGAACUGCAGCAAACGAGGGUUGUGGGAGGGAGAAGAGUCCGCCAGCCGCUUGGAGAGCAAGCCCCCAAGUUGGGGAAAAGGGUCUCUCUCUCUCUUUUUUUUUUUUUUGCCUCUCCCGGAGCCAAGAGAUCCCGCUCCCGGGUUUUCCCUCUUCGACCUUGCCGGCGUCCUGCGCUGGUUGGAUCCGAGACGUGCGAGCGCAGAUCCGCCUUGCCAAGAUCCGCGAUCGCUCCGGUUCCUUGGGACGGCCAGAUCCAGAGGCUCCCUCCUUCUUCUUCUUCUUCCCACCCACCCCCCGACCGCGCAAAAGCCUCCACCUCUUCGGGUGGCGCCUCUCCCAAAUCCGGUCGGGCUGGAAAAGCCAAACAAGGAGGGAGCUCGCCUUUAUUUUUUUCUCCUCUUUCGCGCCUCCCUCUCUGCGUCGAGGGCUGGGCCGCUUCUCCCUCUUUUCUUUUCUUUCCUUUCGUUCUCUCUCUCACCCUCUCUUUCUUUCUUUCUUUCUUUCCUUCCUUCCGAGGCUUGGCGGCUCCAAAGAUUUUCCCCGGACGGGCUCCCAAUUUCCCUCCCCCCCCGCUUCGCUUUUGCAGGCGCUGCUGCUUGGAAAGCGUCAAGGAAGAGGCGAGAUUGCAAAAGCAAAGCUUUCCCCAGUCCUCCUACUCCUCCUCCCUUCCCUCCCCACCGCCGUCCCAGUUUGGGAAGAAAGUGUGGAGGGGGCGCGCCUCGACCCCUUUUUUUUAGAAGCGGAACGAGCCCCCGGCGCGCGGAGAACGCGCGAUCCGAAAGGAGAGAAAAGUUGCGCCGGAGACCUUUGCGCCCAGGUGCGCGCUCCAGCCCGGGUGUAUUUAUGCGCGCGCGCGUGUGUGUGUGUUUGUCGAUCAGAGAAAAUUAUAUUCCCGACAGCCAACGUUCGGAACAACCGUAAGCCCGGAUGACCCUUAAUUUAUGGACGAGCCCAGUUGUGGUUUAUUUGAAGAAUGAGUCAGCAACUUCAGGAUUUGAAACACUUCUAAUCAAGCUGAAAGCAGACGCAGAGAAACCCACCAAGAUAAUCAGCAUUCUUUGCAGUGGGAAUCCUUUCCGGGAAAAUUUUCAGCCCAAUUGACUUUUAAUCUUCACUUUCCACGUCGCUGGUAAAAUAGACAUCCUGGGCUGGAGGCCUUCUUUGGCGAGAAGCAGGAUUUAUUCCCCUUGCAAUGUUCUUAAACAGAGCCAAGUCGUGGCUCCCUAGACUGUCUUGGUGGAGAGGAAAGCAGGAUUUUAACCAGGAGGAGCAUUUGAAGGAAAAACCGGAGGUUCCCGUGAAAUGCACGGUGCCUCCCAAGGCAAGAUGGUGGAGUGGCCGUCGGCUUUUGGAAAUGAUUGGAUGGGGCCAAGGUUCAGCGUCUGGAGGGCACUCGCUAUUUGCUGGAAUACCUCAAUAUGUGUCUCCUCACAAGCCAUCGGUGGAGUCUCCAGAGCAUUUCCAGAUUUGCUUCAACUUCACCCGACACCUCUUUGACCUGUGCGUGGUGACUCUGCUCUGUGCAUCCUCCCCGGCUUUCCGGUUGGUGAUGGAUAUCCUGGGAUUUGGAGGACCCUUGAAGGUUUGGCUCCACGGCUUGGCCUGUUUUUUGGUCAGCGCCUAUGGGAUGUACUUGGUUCUUUGGUUGGUCCAAGAGUAUCUCUUGCAAUUUGCCUGUCUUUAUGGGUUUUUACAGACCUUGGUUUUGUGGGUCAGCAUCCGCGCUGGAUCGUCGGAGUCUCAAGAGGACAAACAAGCUGCCGGCCUCGAUACAGAUCGAGAAGGCGAGCAGCCCGCGGCUAAUGGUUGUAAGCAAGAAUCGCCAACUUCGCUUGUCAGAAGCUGGCUAGGAAGAUCGCAGACAGGGGAAUCACAGGAUUCUGGGAUGCUGCACCUGUCCUAAAUACAUGCCAGUUGC